UUCUAGAAAUCAUUGUGAAGUUAGUGUUUUCAAACUUUUUUAGAUUUGAUUCCAUCACUUAGGUCUGUGGGGAAGAACUCCAUAGUAAGAGUAGUGAGGUGGGGAGCUAACGAGAAGGAAGAAAGGAAGAUAUUGGGGGUGGUGAGCAAAGGAAGCUGUGAUGAUUGUCUCAAAUCUGAGGAAAGGGUUGAUUAGGUAGAGAAGGGACAUUUCCACCUAAGUAAAUAGCCAGGAUUUAGUUUUGAAAAAAAUAUCUGGAGCCAUCCUCAUAAAUGAAGAGGCUGAUGUUGCUUCUGUUUCUCUUUUAAGUUUUAAGAGCUCUCCUUUGUUGUAUUCUUCAACUCCCUUUUUCUUUGGAAAUUCAGAUGGAUUGGUGUGCUGUAAUGGCUGACCACAGUAUGGAUUAUAGGGAAGAUGAGAGUAUGGGGAAAAAAGCUCUUGAGUCCCUUUUCCACAUACAAUGCUUUUCCAAGGUAUAAACAGAACAGCUUUGAGGGAAAUAAAAUUACUACAGGAACUAAGCCAUCCAAACAUUAUUGGUCUCCUUGAUGCUUUUGGGCACAAGUCGAAUAUUAGUCUUGUCUUUGACUUUAUGGAAACUGAUCUAGAGGUAAUAAUAAAGGAUAAUAGUCUUGUGCUGACACCUUCACAUAUCAAAGCCUACAUGCUGAUGACUCUUCAAGGAUUAGAAUAUUUGCAUCAACACUGGAUUCUACAUCGGGAUCUAAAACCAAACAACUUGCUAUUGGAUGAAAAUGGAGUUUUAAAAUUGGCUGAUUUUGGCCUAGCUAAGUCAUUUGGGAGUCCCAAUAGAGCCUAUACACAUCAGGUUGUAACUAGGUGGUAUCGAGCCCCUGAGCUCCUCUUUGGAGCCAGAAUGUACGGUGUAGGAGUUGACAUGUGGGCUGUUGGCUGUAUAUUAGCAGAGUUGCUUCUGAGGGUUCCUUUUUUGCCGGGAGAUUCCGACCUUGAUCAAUUAACAAGAAUAUUUGAAACUUUAGGAACACCGACAGAAGAGCAGUGGCCUGGUAUGUGUAGUCUUCCAGAUUAUGUGACAUUUAAGAGUUUCCCUGGAAUCCCUUUACAACACAUCUUUAGUGCUGCAGGAGAUGACUUACUAGACCUCAUACAAGGUUUAUUCACGUUUAAUCCUUGUACACGGCUCACAGCAACUCAGGCAUUGAAAACUAAGUAUUUCAGUAACCGACCAGGCCCUACUCCUGGGUGCCACCUACCAAGACCAAACUGCCCUGCAGAAGCCCUGAAGGAGCAGCCACACCAAGCCAUGGCAGCUAAACGGAAACGAACAGAUGCCUUGGAACAAGGAGGAUUACCGAAAAAGCUGAUUUUUUAAUUACUGUGAGUACUGGACAGCAUUGUGCUGAUGAAAAUAGGAAAAAGUAAAGGAAUAAUGGGAAAAUAUUAAACAUUAAAUGAAUGUUAUAAAAAGUGAAUUUGUAAAUAGGUUACACAUGUAAGAUAUGUAAAACUCUUGGUGGAAUAAAAUUCUUUUGUAAAAAA